AUGUCACCCCCCUUCCUUGGUAUCCUGAGUAGACUGAGCAAGUCAACGCAGCCUGACGGAUCGUGCUCAACAGAUGAGCGGUUUCAAGAAUGCAGCGUCCGAGACGAACAGCUUCGGCUACCAGACGAUCAGCUCGAGGAAGUUUGCCAAGCUUGCGCAGACGUGGCAGCAUACGCCGAACAGGUCGAAUCGCAGCUCAAGAUAGAGAAGAGGGCAGCGACCGAACUGUAUCAGAUCUGUCUCAAAACUCGGCUGAGCAAGUCUCGUCUCAAGGAGAGCAUCGAACAGAAAGACCUGGAAGUUCGUCAGCUCCAGAAGGAGAUCAGCGAAAAAGCUGCCGAGAUACAGCAGAUCCGAGCAGAAAGCUUGCGCUACAAGAGGGCUAUCUCGGCAUUCAACAAGAACAGCAAGCAGAUUCUGGACACUUCCAUACAGAGAGACAUGGAGGCAACUUUCUGCUGCAUCAGAGACUGGGUUUUGGACGUCGUCCGCAAAGAGCAGCUUGAGCUGAGGCCCGAGCCGGAAUUUGCUGAUUGGCUCUUGACGACAGUGCCACAAUUCGAGGACAACGCGGCUGGUUUCCAAGUCAACAGUGUCGUCGUCGGCCUUUCAGAGAUCCUUUUAGCCAUCCUAGAUGAUGACCAUGUUUUCGGGUACGCAUCAAAUGGCGUCGUCGCCGAAGCCAACAAGUUGCACAGGUCAAUGAGAGCGAUCGAAGUUUCCGAGCAACGAAAGAAGCAGUGGAUCAUAACAACCAACGAGAUCCUCGCUCAUGACGAUGCGUCUGCGAAGCAGGCUGCGGAAGACUUCUUGGAAGUGUUUGUGACAGAAGCAGAAGGGAUAGUGUCCAGAGCUUGCAGCAAGCCCGUGAGCUCCGAAGCCGCAAGAAGACUGAGAAGAGCCAUACAGCCUCGCAUAGCAGCCCUUCAAGCUCUACGAUUUCAGGAAGCCGAAUACCGUCUCCAUCUUUUCCACAUUCCUCGUGAUGGUCAAAGAAUUAGUUUCGACACAAGCGCCAUGGAAGACGUCAACGGAUAUACGAUGGGAGACGUCGACGGAUGCGAAACUCCCUCACUCGAGACAAUCUGGUUCCCUGCCUUGAUCAAGAGAGAUGUUGGAGAGAACAAUGAUAAGGCGGAGUGGACAGUGGUCAGUAAAGCAAAGGUACAGUUGAGCUACGGGUGGACAGAGAUGGAUCCUAUCGACGAAGCUUUUCUAGAUCGAGAUUCAUUAGUCAUAAGUCCGUCACGUCUACUUGGAUUUUUGGCUACUUUCAUCCAGUCUUACGAAGGUGCAAUUGCGAUCGCUUCUAUAUGGACUGUCACAGAUCCUAACAUCACCCAUUGA